CAAGUGGAGUUAUAUUAUCCUCUUAUUUGUUCUGGUGGGACACUAGAGAAGAAAUCACACUUUGCAACUGUAACUCCAGGGGGAGAGGAGAGAUGUACCCCUGAAAACUUCAGCGCCCCGGCUUGACUGCAGUGAUUUACCUUCAAGGAAAUUGGGGAUUCAGAAAGUUGGGAGCUCAUACGACCAUGGCGAACCUCCUGAAAACAGUGGUGACUGGCUGUUCAUGUCCUUUUCUUAGCAAUUUGGGGUCCUGGAAGGUGCUACCUGGGAAGAAGGAUUUUUUACGAACAUUUCAUACUCAUCAGGCACUGUGGUGUAAAGCCCCUGUAAAACCAGGAAUUCCAUACAAACAACUGACUGUUGGGGUCCCCAAGGAGAUUUUCCAAAAUGAGAAGCGAGUGGCGUUGUCUCCUGCUGGUGUUCAGGCCUUGGUCAAGCAGGGUUUUAAUGUUAUUGUGGAAUCGGGUGCCGGGGAAGCUUCCAAGUUCUCAGAUGAUCACUACAGAGCAGCAGGUGCCCAGAUCCAAGGGGCGAAGGAAGUGCUGGCCUCUGAUUUGGUGGUCAAAGUGCGAGCCCCCAUGGUUAAUCCAACAUUAGGUGUUCAUGAAGCUGACCUUUUAAAGACGUCAGGAACACUGAUUAGUUUUAUUUACCCAGCUCAAAAUCCAGACUUGCUAAAUAAACUUUCCAAAAGAAAAACUACAGUUCUGGCAAUGGACCAAGUUCCAAGAGUCACAAUUGCUCAGGGAUAUGAUGCGCUAAGCUCCAUGGCCAACAUUGCUGGUUAUAAGGCCGUUGUAUUAGCAGCAAAUCAUUUUGGACGGUUUUUUACUGGUCAGAUCACAGCUGCUGGAAAAGUUCCUCCAGCUAAGAUUCUGAUAGUUGGUGGUGGUGUUGCUGGCCUUGCUUCUGCAGGUGCAGCGAAGUCGAUGGGUGCGAUUGUUCGAGGAUUUGACACGAGAGCUGCAGCUUUGGAGCAGUUCAAGUCUCUUGGUGCUGAGCCCUUAGAGGUGGACUUGAAGGAAUCUGGUGAAGGACAAGGAGGAUAUGCAAAAGAGAUGUCCAAGGAGUUCAUUGAAGCCGAAAUGAAACUCUUUGCUCAACAGUGCAAGGAGGUGGACAUCCUGAUCAGCACAGCGCUUAUUCCAGGUAAAAAAGCUCCAGUUUUAUUUAGUAAAGAAAUGAUUGAGUCAAUGAAGGAAGGUUCAGUUGUUGUGGAUUUAGCUGCUGAGGCUGGCGGAAACUUUGAAACCACUAAGCCAGGAGAACUUUAUGUUCAUAAGGGAGUUACUCACAUAGGCUUCACAGACCUUCCCAGCCGAAUGGCCACUCAGGCCAGCACCCUGUAUUCCAACAACAUCACCAAGCUCCUAAAGGCUAUCAGCCCUGAUAAAGAGAACUUUUAUUUUGAAGUGAAAGAUGACUUUGACUUUGGUACAAUGGGUCAUGUCAUUAGAGGAACUGUAGUGAUGAAGGACGGUGCAGUGAUUUUCCCCGCUCCCACACCAAAAAAUAUUCCUCAAGGUGCCCCGGUAAAACAGAAGACGGUGGCUGAGCUGGAAGCUGAAAAAGCAGCUACUAUUACACCCUUCAGGAAGACAAUGACCACGGCUUCAGCAUAUACAGCAGGUCUCAUUGGGAUGCUAGGUUUGGGCGUUGCUUCUCCCAAUUUAGCCUUCUCCCAGAUGGUGACCACUUUUGGCUUGGCCGGCAUUGUGGGCUACCACACCGUCUGGGGAGUGACCCCCGCUCUCCACUCACCACUGAUGUCUGUGACUAAUGCAAUCUCAGGGUUGACUGCAGUUGGUGGGAUGGCGCUGAUGGGAGGACAUUUGUUUCCUUCCACAACUCCUCAGGGCCUUGCUGCUCUUGCUACGUUCAUAUCCUCAGUCAACAUAGCAGGUGGCUUUCUGGUGACGCAGAGAAUGCUGGACAUGUUCAAACGUCCCACUGAUCCCCCAGAAUACAAUUACGUAUACCUGCUCCCUGCUGGUACCUUUGUUGGAGGAUAUUUAGCUGCUCUCUACAGUGGUUAUAACAUUGAACAAAUCAUGUACCUGGCCUCAGGUCUGUGCUGUGUUGGUGCCCUGGCCGGCCUUUCCACCCAGGGAACAGCUCGUCUUGGCAAUGCAUUGGGCAUGAUUGGGGUGGCUGGAGGCCUGGCAGCCACCCUCGGAGCCCUAAAACCAAGCCCCGAAUUGUUAGCUCAGAUGUCUGGAGCAAUGGCUUUGGGCGGUACCAUUGGAUUGACAAUUGCCAAACGCAUCCAGAUUUCAGAUUUACCUCAGUUAGUUGCUGCUUUCCACAGUUUAGUGGGCUUGGCAGCUGUGCUUACUUGCAUAGCUGAGUACAUUAUAGAAUAUCCUCAUUUUGCUAUGGAUGCAACAGCAAAUCUCACCAAGAUCGUGGCCUACCUUGGUACUUACAUCGGUGGUGUCACAUUUAGCGGGUCUCUUGUUGCCUAUGGAAAAUUGCAGGGUAUCCUGAAAUCUGCCCCUCUCCUGCUCCCUGGGAGGCACUUACUCAAUGCAGGCCUGCUGGCUGCUAGUGUAGGUGGAGUAAUCCCAUACAUGAUGGACCCCAGCUUUACCACCGGCAUUACCUGUCUGGGCUCUGUGUCAGCUCUCUCUACUAUCAUGGGUGUGACUUUGACAGCUGCUAUCGGGGGUGCAGACAUGCCGGUAGUCAUCACUGUGCUGAACAGCUACUCAGGCUGGGCCCUGUGUGCGGAGGGCUUCCUGCUCAACAACAACCUGCUGACCAUCGUGGGUGCGCUCAUCGGCUCCUCUGGUGCUAUCCUGUCCUACAUCAUGUGUGUGGCAAUGAAUCGUUCCCUGGCUAAUGUGAUUCUUGGAGGCUAUGGUACCACUUCAACAGCUGGUGGAAAACCCAUGGAAAUUUCUGGCACACAUACAGAAAUCAACCUUGACAAUGCAAUUGACAUGAUUCGAGAAGCUAAUAGCAUUAUUAUUACUCCAGGCUAUGGUCUCUGUGCAGCCAAAGCUCAGUACCCCAUCGCUGAUUUGGUAAAGAUGCUCUCGGAACAGGGCAAAAAAGUCAGGUUUGGAAUUCACCCAGUUGCAGGCCGGAUGCCUGGUCAGCUUAAUGUGCUGCUGGCUGAGGCUGGGGUGCCAUAUGAUAUUGUGUUGGAAAUGGAUGAGAUCAACCAUGAUUUCCCAGACACUGAUUUGGUCCUUGUAAUUGGAGCUAAUGACACUGUUAAUUCAGCAGCUCAAGAAGACCCCAACUCUAUUAUUGCCGGCAUGCCAGUCCUUGAGGUCUGGAAGUCAAAGCAGGUCAUUGUUAUGAAGAGGUCCUUGGGUGUUGGCUAUGCUGCAGUGGACAAUCCAAUCUUCUACAAACCUAACACAGCCAUGCUUCUAGGUGAUGCCAAGAAGACAUGUGAUGCGCUGCAGGCGAAAAUUAGAGAAUCCUACCAGAAGUAAAUUUUAAAGAUCAAGCUCUUGUCUAACAAAGCCACCUCUUCAGUUAUGGGAACAGGCAAAUGAAGUAUCAAUAUAUAUAGCUGGUAUACAUCUGUAGCAAAGGUCUUGGAAGAAAAGGAAGACUGAAGAAAGCAAAGCAAAUACAGGGAGAUUUUUCAAGAGCAGUGAUCCCUCAAUUUUAAAAAAGGAUUGAAAAUUCUAAAUGUCUUUCUGUCCGUAUUUUUUGUGUUACGAAUUCCAAAAGUAUUUUAUAAAAGGAGAAAGAACAGCCUCAUUUUAGAUGUAAUCCAUUUGGAUUUUUUUUUUUAUUCUUCCUCAAUAGUCAGCAGUGUUUUAAGAAAUUAAGUCUUUAGGAUUUUAGGACUCACAUUACACAUGGAUCUGAAAAAUAUGACACAGUGUAAACAUUACAGGCACCUGCAUUUAUGUUUGUUCAACAAACGUGACUGAUUUGAAACUUUUAUCAACUCCUGAGCUGUCCUCUUACCAUUUAACCAUAAUCUGAUUAACCAUAUCAAAUCAGUUUCAAUUUUUCAAACUGUGCUUCCGAUUCUAGGUUUCAGGGAUGUAUUUUCUCACUUCUAUUUUAAUACGUUAAAGGACUAGAUAAUCAUCAGAGAUGCUGGAAACAAUUAAACCGUUUGCUUUGUAUGUUUCAUUAGACCAUCAAUGAAACACAUAAUUUGAAAUCAGUAUUAGUUGUAUUUUUUUAAACCCCAUUUCCAAUCAGAGAUCUCUUUAAUUUCAAUCAAUUUAUAAUGUGUAGUACUGUAUUAAGUGCACUUGAAUGAAAUUCAACUAUUUGACUAAUAAAAUGAGUUCAUCAUGUUUGCAUAGUGAUGUAGCAAUUGUCUCUGGUGACAGAAGGCUGAAAUCGAAUAGUUCUGCCUGUUAUUAACAUCUGGGGAAGACUUGCUACUAUGAAGUGAAUGAAAUUAAUCUGUCUUAACUAUUUGCAAGAAUGGUUUUUUCCCCAAAUCAGAGUGUGUUUUGAUGUAUUAUGUAAUUGAUGACAUUUGAGAGAAAUGGUGGCAUGUUUUUUUAGCUACCUCUUUGUUUAAGCACCAGUAAAGAUCAUAUCUUUUUGCAGUAAAAGUGUAGAUUUUCUUUGUUACUUUGCUGCUGUACCAAAAGCUCUAUUAUGGUUGAAUGUGUGAUGAAUAUUUGGAAUAUUUGUCUAUAUAAUUAAUUUGGUACUAAGUUUCCUGAAACAAUUAUUAACACAUAAAAAUGGUAAUCAAUUUCUGUUUUGCUGUGCCUGAGAUUAAGAUCUGUGUGUGUUUGUGUGUGUGCACAUGUGUGCAUAUGUUUUAAAGCAGGAAAGACUCUUUUUUUUUAUUGUGGUAACAUUGGUUUAUAACAUUAUAUAAAUUUCGGGUUUACAUCAUUAUAUUUC